AUGAACCUAGAAGAGAAAGUCACCAUGGAUUUGGUUCCACCUUCUGAUCAACACCUUUGUUACGUCCGUUGCAACUUCUGUAACACUGUCCUCGCUGUUGGAAUACCAUGCAAGAGGCUGCUAGACACUGUGACAGUAAAGUGUGGACACUGCAGCAACCUCUCUUUUCUCACUACAAGACCACCAAAUUCCAAAACUCAGACUGUUGAUCAUACCCUCACUCUCCAGGGAAUUUAUAGUUGCAAAAAGGGACAACCGUCAUCUUCCUCUUCUUCUUCGCCAACUACUUCACCUGAGUCUUUGUCCCCUAAACCACCACCAUUUGUUGUCAAACCACCAGAGAAGAAACACCGUCUUCCUUCUGCUUACAACCGUUUCAUGAAAGAGGAGAUACAGCGCAUCAAAGCAGCGAAUCCUCAGAUCCCACAUAGAGAAGCUUUCAGUGCUGCUGCAAAAAAUUGGGCUAGGUUCAUCCCUAAUUCACCAACCAGUUCACUUUCAGCGACUAAACGUAACACUGAAUGA